GGCCUCAGGGCAAGGAAAUGUCCUGCGCUCGGAAACCCUCCGCCUCUGAGCCGCCUGCUUCCCAGAAGCCCCCGCUGCCUCGGAAACGCGCUUUGAGCGCCCGCGAACUACCUAUCCCGUCGUGCUCCGGGGGGGCGCGCUUCGUCGAGCGACUUCCGGCGGCCGGAAGAAGCGUCGCUGCGCCCGCCGCUCGCUCAAGUCAGUAGCUCCUCAGCUCGCUCGGCCCUCGGAUCGGCGGCGGCGGAGGCGGCGGGCGGCCUCGGUAUGGAGGAGAACGACUGGCGCAGCGCCAACUUCAGGCAGAAGCUCGUCAGCCAGAUGUGAGUCCGCGGAGGGAGGGGAGAAAGGGAAGGGGAGGCCCGGAGGACCAGCUUCGGCCGGCUCCUCGGCUCCCGCGCCUCACGGGCAGCCCCGGUAUCAGUAGCGGCGGAAGCAGCAGCAACAGGAAGCCUCUGGCCUGGUUGGGCCGGCGAUACGGGCCGGGUGAUGGAGCCGGCUCUGCCCGUUUCGAGGCCCUCCUGGAGGCUGUGAGGGGCGUGGAGAUGCCCCAGAUCGGGUCCCGGGAUGGCGCAACCCGCGACUGCCCCGCCUGAUGUUACGGGAGGGAUGCUGAAACGAACCUCGUGGGGGUGGGGGGUAGGAAGCAGCGGCUUCCCGUUCCCCCCGCUCGCCCUCUUCGCCAAUUUCUGGACGCAGUCUUCUUCGAAAAGGGCCCCUUGGAGGGACAGGGAUUUUGGCUCCAUGGCCCUGUUUCACUUGGCUGAAUGGAGGCCCACCUGCAAGGCCCACCUACCAUAGCUGUCAACUUACAAAUUUGAAAAUAAGGGACUAGCAGCCUCGAAAAUAAGGGAUCAGCAGCCAAAAUACGGGAUCAACAAUUACUUUGAUAAAAUACAUAUUUUGUUGCGUGCAAAUGGCUUUCGAUAUCUAUUAGGUCCAUAAAUUACCAUAUAGCAUAUAUUCAACACAAAAAACAGCAACAAUUUGUUGUUGACAAAGGACAGCUGGACAUAGAAAGGGCACCAUUACCUUCAGUAGCUUAUUUAAGGGACAUCAUCAAUAAGGGACAGCAGUGGGACAUGGCGCUGGGAUAAGGGACUGUCCCGCCAUAUAAGGGAUUCUUGACAGCUAUGCCACCUACUGUCGCCCUUAGUCCACCAGACUUUGGCCCCCAUCACGUUCCGUCCUCCCUGAGGAAGGGCGCGUUGUGCUAGGCGGGCCAGGCGUCCUUCGCAACCGCAGCAGGAUAUGCGUUGGGCAGACAUUCCAGGGGCCACACUGACCCACAGAGGAGAGAGUUGCCUGGAAGGGAAGAGAUCCCGAAGGAGCAUGUGUAUGUGGGUUCUGAUGCCUUGGCAGGUGGAGGCUUGACUCAGGGAUCAGCUCCCGGUGGGAUCUUUUCCCUUGGAAAAGCCUGCUGAUUUAGACAUACAUCGUUGGGUUUUUAUUUCUGGUUUGGGUCCUGCAGUGGGUCGCUAUGUUUUGCCCUUCUCAACCAAAGAGGGGAGGGAGAAAAGAAAUCUCAAGAUGGCAACUACGUCUCCAGCACGCUCUAUAAAGCAGAUGGUCACUAGACCAUUCAGGACGUGUGUGUCCAGAUAUCCAAGAGACAGUCCCACACCCCAAAAGAUGGGUGAGUCACUUAGCCCAGUGCAUGUGGGUGCUAGUCUGGCUCUUUCUUCCGCCCCUGGCAAUCCACAUUAGGAAUCUCACUUGCUAGUUUGCUGGGUAGGCAAACCCUACUGGAAGGAUUGUCAUCUGCGCUUCUCCCAAAUAGCUGCUUCAAAGUAUCUGGUGGCAGCAGAAUCUGGCCUGCAUGCUUGCCAGUCUGGAGAACCUGAGGGAAGGCCAUAGAUCACAAGCCAUGCUCAGCAGCAGGAGCACAGAGGCCCUGAGCCUAGAGGCGUUGAAAGUGUUCGGGUUGCCACAUGAGGGAUCUGCAAGUGCUCUGCUUCAGUCGCUAUGCUAUCAUGUGGUAAGGGGAGGCUGGUGUGAUUGAUUGUCCUCUCCCCUUCUCCCCAGAAAUGGCGAUGGCACUCUUGAGCAGGGACACCUACUUCUGCUCCUUGCAUCCAGGCUGGGGGCCUGCAAGGCAAAAGCGUCCAUGCCUUUUCCUGGCCUUUGUGAAGAUAGAACUUGUCUACGUGUUGGAGGGAGUGUUUUCCAUAUGUGGGAGCAGCACACCCCACUUUUUGGGGGGGGAAGUGUAAGAACAAAACAGAAAGCCCCAUUACAGUGGUACUUCAGGUUACAUACGCUUCAGGUUACAGACUCCACUAACCCAGAAAUAGUCCUUCAGGUUAAGAACUUUGCUUCAGGAUGAGAACAGAAAUCGUGACAGCAGCAGCAGGCCCCAUUAGCUAAAGUGGUGCUUCAGGUUAAGAACAGUUUCAGGUUAAGAACGGACCUCCGGAAUGAAUUAAGUACUUAACCCGAGGUACCACUGUAUUCAGAAAUUGCAAAAGGGCUAGAGAGAGAUUUGCAUCAGUUCUUAGGUAUUGUGGUAUGGUUGCCCCUUCCUCUUACCUGCUUGUCUGGGGUGGUCUGCCUUACUGACCCCAUUGUGGCCUGGGGUAGUGGAUUGGAUGUUUGUGUCUGGAGGUGAGGUGCAUGUGAAGCUCUCAGAAGAAGCAUGCUAGCUAUAAAGGUAAAGGGAUGCGGGUGGCACUGUGGUCUAAAACACUGAGCCUCUUGGGCUUGCUGUUCAGAAGGUCAGUGGUUCGAAUCUGCGUGAUGGGGUGAGCUCCUGUUGCUCUGUCUUGGCUUCUGCCAACCUAGCAGUCUGAAAGCAUACUAGUGUAAGUAGAUAAAUAGGUACCGCUGCGGCAGGAAAGUAAACAGCAUUUCCGUGCACUCUGACAUGGAGUCCCAUUGCUCCAGAAGCGGUUUAGUCAUGCUGGCCACAUGACCCGAAAAGCUGUUUGUGGACAGACUCUGGCUCCCUUGGCCUAAAAAUGAGAUGAGCUCCACAACCCCAUAGUCACUUUUGACUGGACUUAACCGUCUAGGCGUCCUUUACCUUUACCUUUUACCUUGCUAGCUAUGUGCUUUGGUUCCCAUGUGUGUUUCUCUUCUAUAGUUUUCAUCAGCAGAUAUCUCCUGUGUGAGGUCUGAGUAUAUGGAACCUGAGGACAGAGAGGAAGCUUUGUGUCCUGCACUGUCAUCAGAUUGGCAUUAACACACUAUAUUGGUGUGCUCUGAUGGGGUACCAGUUUGCACCAUAUCCAACACUUGUGUGAUGUAGACAGGGUGGAAGUCAUCUUGGAAAGGCUAUUUUAUCAUUUAUUUUUGAUGUCAAUAGAAGAAAUAUUGUUCAGUCUGGGGCAAGUUGUGUUGCGUGCCUUUUGUUCCAGUUUUGCAUGAGAUGGAAUGUUCCUGUUAAACACAUAGCGAUAAGGUGUUUUUAGCAAGAAGUAUCUUUUUAAGCCAAUGAAGCCAAACAUCCAAGUAAUAGAAAGGGAAAAUGAAAGCAACAUUUAAAAAGACUUACAACAAAACCAAAAAAAGUCAGUAUAUCUUAGCUGGUCAUAUGUUCCUUUUCCGGACAAAGUCUUGGCUGCAGAGCAAGUGCAAAGCUUCUUGCAGAAGAGAUGUUCUGGAGUAUCCUUGGGCUUCAUAUUACGUGAUUCCAGAGUUCCCUCUCAGUCUUUUGUGCCUUUAGAGCAGAGCUUUCCCAACUCUGUGUCACGCCACAACACAUUAGUGUGUCGGCUGAGGUGUGUCACGCAUAUGCUCCCCAUGCUCCUCCUGGGGCUGAAAAGGAUUUAACCUCUGGUUUGCUAGUAAAAUUGAAUUACUGUGUCAGGAAAUGAUGCAUGUCUAAAAAGUGUGUCGCCAACAUGAAAAGUUUGGAAAGCUCUGCGUUAGAGAGAUGCAUUAUACCUUUUGCUCUUGGUUUAACUCGUACAAAAAGCACAAGAAUGAAAAUUAUUUCCAAUGUUAAAUGUCUUUAGAACCUCGAAAAGAAGUGGUAUAUACAGUGGUACCUUGGUUUACAACCAUAAUCCAUUCUGGAGGUCCGGUUGUAAACCAAAACAGGUUGUAACCCAAGGCGCGCUUUCGCCAAUGGGGCCUCAAAAAAAAAAAGGGGGGCAGUAAUCCAAAAAAAAGGGACAUGCACUUCUGGGUUUGACGUGGUUGUCAUCCAAAACGGUUGCAAACCAAGGUACCACUGCAUAUGGAAAAAUUUCCAUUCAGCCUUCUUGCAAAUAUUGAUGUGAAAAUCUUUUUAUUAUAGAAGAGUGGGGAUGGCUGACCUGUGGACCACCAAAUGUUGCUUGGUCAAGACCUAUGGGAGUUGUAAUCCAUAAGUCCCCAUUGCCCCUUGUCUCUAUCAUUUCAUUAUCACCUUUCCUAAAGAACCAGAUAAAACAGAUGUAAAUGUCUCUUAAUAGAGCACAUCAUUUAUUCUACAUUAAUUAUAUCCUCUUUAUGCACAUUUCACCUUAUUGUAUAUUUCAUUUGAGCUUGUUUUCCUUAGGUUGCUUUUCAAGUAAAUUUGAUUUAGUAUUGGAUUAUUAUUGGAUUUUCCUUAUGCAUAGAAUAAGGAUGUCGCUCUUCUCCCGGUCAAGGCUUUGCUUUUAUUCCAAGCCAUCGCCUUAAAGCUUGCUGGCCGAGACCCUGCGUCUGGCAAGAGAGGGUUCCCCUCACACCUUUUCUCCCCCAAUCAGUCUUCUCUUACCCUCUGACCAGUUAGCCCACAAAAGAGAGGUAACUUCAGAAUGUUUAUUGGGGAGUAAAAGACAAGUAUGUAAUGGGCUUUCAGAAAAGGGAAGGAGGGGCACCUGGAGUGCAGGGGUUUGGGAUGGGUUCGGUGAAAGUUGCCUGCUUUUGGGAGCACUGCACAUGGGCAAAGUGCUCACUGCUGCUGUUUUCAAGGGUCUGUAUUUGGAGAGUCAGCCGUCAAGUACUUGAUUGGUUGUGGGCACCUCUCAGGCAUGGCUCCUAUUUUUUUUCCUUUUACAGGUAUUAUACAGAACAAUAAUAUUAAAUAAGCCCUGCCCUCUUUGUGCAAACAGCUGUGUCCUGAGUGACUAGGUGGAGGGUUGACAAAUGUCCUUUCCCUACCAGAAGGUGUUUUUUUGGGGGGUGGAAAUGGGUUAGGGUCCCCCCCCCCCCGGAACAGGCUGGUGGCUCCCAGCAAGAAGACAGACCAAGCAUGAGGUUUUGCAUCUUAGGGGAAGGAGAGAGGGGGAGUGGGCUUGAAUUCUGAAGGGUGGCAGGGCAUCUUCACCAAAUGCCUUCCUUGUACAGAAGUGAAAAAAACAGUUCAACCUGCAGGUGGUGGCCAGGAUGCGGGCAUUCUGGGAAGGGAAGCCCUAGCUGCUUCUUGGCUCUCUCCAGCCCACAACUGCUCUGUCAACUCCUCUCGCCUUUCCCAGGUUCCAUCCUGUCUGAUAUUCUUGUGGCAUGACUGGGCCCAAACAUAGGGGAGGGGUUCGUGAUGCUGGGGCAGGGGUUGGGCCUCUCUCUUGCUAUGAGUAGGGGCUCCAGGUGAGGAUAGAGCCUCUUGCUUUCGGCUCAUCAGAACAGUGGUGCCACGGCUGUUGUGACAGCAUAGGUGUCAAGGCUAUUCUGGCACUGCUUUCGUUUUCCAGAACUUUUACUUGAUAUUUCACUGUGCCUUUUGUUGCACAGGUAUUUAAAGGUUGGCUUUUGGGGGUGCCUCUGAUGUUGUGUGGGGAGGGGCAUCCUGGAUUUCCUCUCCUCUCCCUUGGUGCCUGCAAAAUCUGAUACAGAGGGUCCCCCAAGAAGGGGAAGUUUGCUUGUGGGAAUGGAACCAUGUCACUGGAAACAACCCCCAGUUGUUUGAUGUAAACUGCUUGGCGAUUCUGGAUAUUAAGCGGCACAGAAAUAUCACCAAUAAAUAAAAAUUAAUAAAAUAUUUUAUUCCUGCUACCUGCAAGAAAGGGACGCGAGUGGCGCUGUGGUCCAAACCACUGAGCCUAAGGCUUGCCGAUCAGAAGGUCGGCGGUUCGAAUCCCCAUGACGGGGUGAGCUCCUGUUGCUUGGUCCCAGCUCCUGCCCACCUAGCAGUUCGAAAGCACGUCAAAGUGCAAGUAGAUAAAUAGGAACCGCUCCGGUGGGAAGGUAAACGGCAUUUCCGUGCGCUGCUCUGGUUCGCCAGAAGCGGCUUAAUCAUGGUGGCCACAUGACCCAGAAGCUGUCUGCGGACAAACGCCAGCUCCCUCGGGCAGUAAAGCGAGAUGAGCACUGCAACCCCAGAGUCAUCCGUGACUGGACCUAACGGUCAGGGGUACCUUUACCUACAAGAAAAGGGAGAACCUGUGGCCAGAAGAGACAAAGCUAAAGCCCUGUUGGGGCAGGUGUGGAAGUGUGUUUGUGGGUUGCUUGUGCAUCAGCAAGUGUUGUGGGGUUGAUGCACUUGUAUGAUUUCUUCUGAAGUUGGGCCGGGGCCUCCGCCUUUCAAAAGAAACUGAACUUCACCCACAGAAGGGCUGAGCAGAAAUAGCCUGUGGAGUAGGCCCUGUUUUCAAGAUGCCUCCUUUCCGUGCGGUUGUGAUUCUGGUGCUUCAGCUGCUCUCUGUCUUUUCCUUCUUGCAGUGAAGAUAGCAUGCGGAAUGCUGGAGUGGCUCACAAUAAGAGCAGCAAAGAGAUGGAGAACCACGUUUUCUUGAAGGCCAAAUCACGGGUAAGGAGAAGGAGCCAAGGGUGAAAGUGAAGGGCAGGCAGGAGAGAGAGAAGGUCCAGGCUCUAGCGAUUUUGGGGUUGAAGCACCAGUUGCCCUCUUCCGAGGAGUCAGACCCUUGGUCCAGCUAGCUCAGAACUGAUGACCCUGGCUGGCAGCAACUGCUCUCUGGAGUUUCAGGCAAGCUGUCUUUCCCAGCCCUUCCUGGAGAUGCUUCCAAGGAUUGGAUCUGGCACCUGCUGCAUGCAACCCCCUGAGCUCCUGCCCUUCCCACUAUGGAGUGAAGUAGGACAGUGGGAAACCCUGGCUGGGCAGGUGACUGUCAGAAUAGCUGGUUUCACUUCCCUGGUGGGCAUCCCGUCUUCUGCCAGUUGCCCGUCUAAGAACAGUCGUGGCUUCCUUGGUUAGUCCCUUCCUCAUAAGCUUUGCAGCUCUGCCCAAGUGGAAGACACCAUGUCCCCUUCCAGUCCCAAAUCUUUCCCACAGGGGCAAACACAGAAACUGCCUUAGUCCACCUGACUCAGUAUCAUCUACACUGACUGGCAGCGGCUGUGUAGGUUUUCAGGCAGGGUUCCUUCCCAGCUCUACCUGCAACCUUCUGCAUGCAUAGGAGAUGCUCUGCGAGGGAGCUCCAGCCAUUUCCCAUUCUAUCUUCUACCUCUCCUGGAGGGCAGAGUGUUCCCUGCAAAACACUAAAGGUUGGUGGGGGAGAGGUGUCUUUUUUCGCUGUGGCUGGUUCUGGAGUCGGUGCAGUUUUCCUUUGUGUUUCACCAGUGAAGAAAUAAUAAUAAUAAUAAUAAAAAAUUAAAAAAAAUUCUACCCCACCCUUCCUGGUUCAGAAAACCAGGCUCCGGGCGGCUAACAACAAAUUUAAAACACUUCAUUGUAAUACAACAUAGAAGCAGCAUAAAAUACAGUAUAAAAACAUGAAUAACAAUAAAAUUCAAAGUUCAAAAAUAAAUUUGGGGGAAAUCCAUCCAAUAAGCAUUAGAUAGUCACCAGGGCUAGCUGGCUGAAUUAGUCCUACUUGAGCCAGCGAGGAGGCCAGGGGAGAAUUAGCUGUGGGGUCUCAGAGCGGGUAUUCUUCAUUAAAUUAAAGGCCAGGCAGAAUAGCUCUGUCUUACAGGCCCGACGGAAGGAGGUUAAAUCCUGAAAGGCCCUAGUGUCAUGGGACAGAGCAUUCCACCAGGUCGGAGUCAUCACUGAAAAGGCCCCAGCCCUGGUGUAGGAUAGUCUGACUUCCUUAGAGCCCGGGUACAGUCGUAACCUGGAAGUCGAACGGAAUCCGUUCCGGAAGUCCGUUCAACCUCCAAAACGUUCGGAAACGAAAGUGCAGCUUCUGAUUGGCUGUAGGAAGCUCCUGCAGCCAAUCAGAAGCCCCAUCAGACGUUUGGCUUCCAAAAAUAGCUCGCAAACUGGAACAGUCACUUCCAGGUUUGUGGCGUUUGGGAGCCAAAACGUUCAAGAACUAAGCUGUUCGAAAACCAAGGUAUGACUGUAGUCGGAAGUUUGCUCACAUCUUCCUUUGUCCAUCUGUCCCCUCUCUCCAUCACUCCACAUGCAUCAUGUGUACAUCCUGUUUGCAAACACGUGCGCAUACACACCCUGCCCCAUCUCUGAUUUGCUACUGUGUAGGUGGAAUGACUACCGCAGCAAUGGGCAUAUGGGUUCAGGUGAUGCUUUUCUGUGCCUGGCGAGCUGGGAAAGUUGACCCUUGCCUUGAUAGGUGUUGAUCCCACUAGGGACACCCCCCUCCCCGUCUCGGUGGUAUGUUAAAAUUCGAGCCAGGUCCUUUCAAGCGAUUUGUGCCUUACCCCUUCUGCAUUUUGGCUUUCUGCCUGGCACAGUUAUUCCAUUUUUAUUUUGGAUGUUUACAUGCUGCCCAGUUAAGCAUCCCCUUUCUGCAGUUGAAUACAGUGAUCUUUUUAUGCAGACCGCACCCUGCCCUUUCAGUUCUGCCAGCGCGGGGGCUCUCUUGCUCUUCUAGAGGGAGAGGGGGAGGAGAAGAAGGAGAAGAGGAGGAGGAGGAGGAAAUGAGUCAGAGGCACCCUGCCCUCCAACCCUCCCUCCCUGGCUUCUAAAAUGCACUUUCAUUUCUCUUAACUUUUAGGAGGAGUAUCUUUCCCUGGUGGCAAGACUCAUCAUCCACUUUCGGGAUAUCCGUGAGUACUCUCAUGCCUGUUUGUGGAGAGCGCCUGUUGGCCAUUUGAAUCUUUGAGGGGGGACCGUCGGGGCAGGAAAGAGCGGGAUAAAAAAAAUAAGCAUUAGCCAAGGAAAGAGGACAAAAUGGGGGGUUGGUUUCAGUGGCACAACUUGAGGAACAGCAAUCAUGAAAUUCUUGAUUUCCUGAAUAUGGCACUGAUCCAAAUAGUAUUUUUAUAUCCGGCUUUUCUAAGUGUUUGAUGUUGAAACACUCUCAAGUCCACAAAGAUACAGCUCUUUUAAAUACAGUAUAACAGACAAAUACUUUCUGCUAGAAAGUGAAAGUAAUCCUGUUCUGAUUUGUGUGCGCUAGCACUUUGUUUGCUGACAGCUCGGGGGCGUUCUUUUUCCCAAGGUUGCUAGUUUUAAAAAAAAAUCUGGUUUAUUCUUAUCAAAUAAAAUACUACCAAUUCUAAAACUACAUAGGAUGAGGGUAUGAAAAGGGUUUAUUGUAAACUGCUUGGUGAUUUUACUACAUUCAAGCAGUAUAUACGUUUAAAUAAUAAAGACCUCAAAAAGUGGGGGGGGGGGAUGUUCCUAUAUGCAACAACAGCGGCGAAGCUACUGUUAGCACAGGUCUGGAAACAACAGCAAUUGCCAACAGUGGAAGAUUGGCAACAGAAGGUAAUGGAGUACGCAAAAAUAGCCAAAUUAACGGGGAAAAUUUGACAACAGGGCGAUGAAACAUUCCAAAAAGAAUGGAAGAAAUUUAUGUUGUAUAUAGGAAAGAUGUGUGUGAAAUAGAAAAACCAGUAGAAUUAGAAUGAACCUCAUAACGUGUAACAUAAAUACUUUUAUGGGAAUAAUAAUAACAAUAACAAUAAGAAAUACAAUGUACAAUGUAAUCAAAGUAACCAAUGGUAGUGGCAAAUAAUAUAUGGAUAGACAACAAGAAUUGUAUAUAUAGAAUGGCUUAUUUAUAUACAGACAAUACAUGGACAAAUGUGUAAAUAGAAGAACAAUAUAUAGAAUGGAUAAAGACAAUGCGAAAAACUCAGAAGUUACAUAAAGAAGUCAGAAGAAGGAAGGAGGGAAGUCAGCUUGUAGGAGCAAACUAUAAAUGUAAAAUGUAAUAUAAUAUGUAUAAGUAUGAAGUUUGGAAAACCAAUAAAGAUUAUAUUUUAAAUAAAAGCUGGGGGGAAAUGAGGCAAUGAUGUUAGUGAUGCUCAGAGGAGAUUCACUGAAACUGAUGGACAGGAUUAACUGGUGCAUUUAUUCAAGUGUGUCAACUCUGAGUAGGAUUUAAGUUAAUGCAACCCUUAUAAGAUACUUAAAAUGUUUACAGUGGUAUCUCAGUUUAAGAACAGUCCGGUUUAAGAACGAUUCAGUUUACAAACUCCGCAAAAGCAGAAAUAGUGUCCCGGUUUGAGAGCUCUACCACGAUCUAAGAACGGAAUCCGAAUAGUGGAAGGGCACCGGCGGCGGGAGGCCUCAUUAGGGAAAGCGCACUUCGGUUUAAGAACGGUUUCGAUUUAAGAACAGACUUUUGGAACGGAUUAAGUUCGUAAACCAAAGUUCCACUGUAUUUGUAAAACAACAAAAAACUAUUCCUAAACCCCUCCCUCUGCUUUAUUUACCCACUUUAUAGAAUUCCUUCAAACCAUAACAAGUACAAAAUGAAAUCGUUAGUAUCAAAGAAUUCUGACGAAACAGUAAUCAAUAUCCGGAAUCACUGUUCAGUGUUGGACAUCAUAUUUGCUGAAUACACAAAGCUUCACAGCUUGUCUUUCAUCGUACAAAGUCUGGUACCUUGCUUCAUUUAAAGGUUUUCAGAGACUUUGAGACUAAAGAUUUCAUUUUGUACUUGUUUUGUUUUGAAGGAAUUCUGUAAAGAUUGUCUAUUGCGUAUGUACAUGGUCAUUGUGUUGCCUAGACAUUGCUGACAUUCUCUUUGCUCCUCUUUGCACACAGGGGUGUGUUUGGUUACUUAUUUGGUUACUUAUUUACCCACUUGUCUGAUGUGUAACUCUCUUGUUCGAUUCUUCCCCCCCCCACCCCAAUCUGCUGUUUAUUCAAAUUAGACUAAUUUUUCUUGCCUAAGUGUGCCUGCACAAUUUUUGAGUUGUUGUUGCUGUUUUCUUUCCUAGACAACAAGAAGUCCCAGGCUUCCGUCAGUGGUAAGAAUGGCUCCUUCAUCACCUUCCAUUUUUUUUAUAUGUCUUACCUACUUCCUUAAGAACUCUUUCCGAGGAUUCUGACUCCUGUUCUGUGGGUGUGGAUGGGUGUGUCAGGGGCAUGUCUCCUCAUUGUGCUGGAUUUUCUGCCAGAGCUCAGUCGCAAGCAAAUGUGACACACAGACAGGCCCAGGUUCUGUUCUAUCUGAUCAAUUCAGUGACAGAAAAGGUAAAAAAAAAAAAGUUUAGAAGUGCUCCCCCUCCCCCCAAAAAACCCCUAGUCUUUUCUGUUGGGGAUAAUUCAGACUGAAAUUCCCAGGUGUCAGAAAAGGUUAUUUAUGUAUGCCACUACUGCGGCCCAUGUUUUGUUAGCCUCAAAAUUUAAAACGAGCGAGGUCCUAACCAAAGAAGAAUUGGCAACUUAAGUUGCCAGAAUAUGUGCAGACUUAACAUUGAAUAAGAGAACAAGAAGAACAUACAUUUAGAGAAGAUUCAAAAAAGUUUAUUGAAUAUAUGGAAAAUAAGUGUGUACAGCUGAAAACACUGGCAGCAUUUUUAGAUAAAUUCAACAGUGUAAAUAAGUUUUGAUGGAUGUAAUAGUGGAAUACUGAAUGGUAUAUUUUUUGUAAAACAUGCACGCAUUUAUGGUAUGUAAAAUGAACCAUGGAAACAGAAGGAGGGAAGUCAUCAAUAUCUCUUUUUUAAUAUGUAUUUUAAUUAUUUUUUCUGUUUUACAUUUUAAAGUACUCAUUUUUACAUCCUUAAGAUAUUAAUGAUAUCUCAAUGAUGCAAAAAGGAGUACUUUAAAUUGUAAAACAGAAAAAAUUAUUUUAAAAAUAUAUGUAUAAAAAAGAAAAGGUUAAAAAAGAAAACAAAGAGAAGCUGAAACCAGCGAGUAAUUCUGAAAGUUUUUCAAGGCUUUCUGCAAAAACAAAGUUGACCCCUCCCCCCAGCUUGCUGGAUGGGGCUGAGGUCAUUGUGCGGCUGCUGGGACUAGUGGUGGGGUGAACAGCUGAGCCCAGGGGUCAGCUCCUUUCAGCGCAUUGCUGCCUAUCUCCAUGGGGCUUUCUCAGGGAUCCUUCUUUUCUCCACAGAUCCCAUGAACGCCUUGCAGACCCUGACGGGCGGCCCACCUGCGGGAGCAGCGGGCAUGGGCAUGGCAUCUCGCCCCCAGGGGAUGGGUGUGCUCGGGCCCCCCAUGGGGCAGCAGAUGAGCCUUCCGGGGCAGCAGGCGGCACCAGGGGCAGCUGGGAUGGCCCCCCGUGGCAUUCCAGGCAUCUCAGCAGCUUCCCAGCCAAGUAAGUGUUUGGAGUCUUGGCUCUUCCCUGGGUGCUAAGUGGUUUGGCCCUGGGACUGUGACCCUCCUCAAAGACCAAAUGGGAAGCCAACAGGUUCGAGCCAGGGCGGGGGGAUUUUCCUGCUUUGGAGCAUGCUGAGGGAAUUCCCUUGGGAGGAAUCCCUUCAGCCCCUGUUGGAUAAAAAUAGGAGCAGAUGGCAGAGAGUUUGCUCUCUGACUCUGUUUUGUUGUUGUUUAGUCGUGUCCGACUCUUCAUGACCCCAUGGACCAGAGCACGCCAGGCACUCCUGUCUUCACUGCUUCCCACAGUUUGGUCAAACGCAUGCUGGUAGCUUCAAGAACACUGCCCAACCAUCUCAUCCUCUGUCGUCCCCUUCUCCUUGUGCCCUCCAUCUUUCCCAGCAUCAGGGUCUUUUCCAGGGAGUCUUCUCUUCUCGUGAGGUGGCCAAAGUACUGGAGCCUCAGCUUCAGGAUCUGUCCUUCCAGUGAGCACUCAGGGCUGAUUUCCUUCAGAAAGGAGAGGUUUGAUCUUCUUGCAGUCCAUGGGACUCUCAAGAGUCUCCUCCAGCACCAUAAUUCAAAAGCAUCAAUUCUUCGGCGAUCAGCCUUCUUUGUGGUCCAGCUCUCACUUCCACACAUCACUACUAGGAAAACCAUAGCUUUAACUGUACGGACCUUUGUUGGCAAGGUGAUGUCUCUGCUUUUUAAGAUGCUGUCUAUGGCUCUGUUUUAGCCAUGUACAAAGAUGGUUUGUUCCCAGGACAAGCUGAUUCACCCCAUCUAGCCCUGUCUCAUCUUCUUCCUCCGAGUGGCAUGUGACGAGUUAAGGAAGCGUCUGUUCACUUCACCUGCUUCCCUUAUCCCUUUCUGAGCUGGAGAGGCAGGCGAAAGCGGGCAGAGCCAGUGCCGUUUCACAACUAUCCUUUCAUGCUGCUGGGUUACAGAGCCUGGUGUAGAGACUAGCAGGUCUUAGCUGCAGCAGAGGAAUCGUCCACCAGAGACACACCCCAUGCCUGUCUCCUUGUCUAUUUAGCCUAGGGGUGGGGAACCCCUUUGGCUCCACAGCCAAGAUCCUUAUCAGUGAUGUCGUCGUGACAGGGCUGAAGCAUCCUCUCCCCCUUUAAGCAGACAGGUGACGGCAGUUGGGCACCACCACAGCCCACUUAAAGGAGAAUGGAAAAGCCUUUAACCCUGCACAGUCCAGUGCGGGAUUCAGCCCUGUCCUCCUACCCAUUAGCUGAUGGGCAUGGCCUGCAGUAAAAGAUUGGCUUGCCGGCCAGAGGUUACCCACACAUGCUCUUGUCCUUCUUGGCUGCUCUGCCUGGCAACUCCUGUACAGGCAGAUUAGGCUUUUGCCCUCCAUGAAUGUGGGCCUUUUCAGGCAGCCACAGGGAUCCAUCCUUGCCAGUUAACUGCAGAAGUCACUGUUGGCUGAGCGAAAGUGUUCAUCUUCAUCUACUAAACAGGCUCAGGCCCGUUUUCUUUGUUUCUUGCCUCCUGUGCAUUGGGUGAGAGUGGCUUUCUUCUCAUCCUGUAUUCUGCUUUCCAGAUUGCAGUUACUGUAAAGUCCAAAUCUGAAGUUGGGCUGGGCCUGAUGGUUGGAUUUGGACUCUUAGGUGACCUUGCCCAGAAAAAGCCCCAGCUGCUGGCUGCCCCCUCUCUGAGGGCCCUGCCAGCCUCCUGCCACACACCCAUGGCUCCUCCCUUCCCCUUCCUUUGCCCCACAGCCCAGCUGCAGCUGCAACAGAUGGCCCAGCAACAGCAGCAGCAGUUUCAGCAGCAGCAGGCACAGGCGCAGCAGCAACAGCAGGCAGCGCUGCAGCAGCAGCAGUUCCAGGCCCAGCAGACGGCCAUCCAGCAGCAAUUCCAGGCGGUGCAGCAGCAGCAGCAGGCGGCAGCCGUGGCGCAGCAGCAGCAACAGCAACAGCAGCAGAUGCAGGCAGCCCAGCAGCAGCACAUGCUGAAACUGCAUCAGCAGAACCAGCAGCAGGUAAAGAGAGAGAGAGAGAGAGAGGUGGCCUGUGGCUUCUGAAGGCUGGAUGCUUUAGAGCUGCAGUGUCUUUCUGUGGGGCAUCUGGUGGCCUGCAGCGGUUACCCUUCUCUAGGGAUGUAGGGGAGAUAUGUACAGCGAAGCUUUGGCAGCCCGUUCAUUGCUAUGAGGAGUUGAAUGUGUGGGGAGCAGGCCUCAUUAACACAUGCCACUUCACAGGUGAACCCAGAGAGGAGUAUAACUGAGACUGAGAAGGAGGAGGGCAUGGGUGGGAAUGGGAUGGACCCCUCCUUUGAAACAGAGACACUGACCACUGUCUGUCCAUGAAUGUGGCAGGAUAUUGUAGACUGGGAUUAGGAGGGAGGAUCGUCUGCCUGCCACACACACACAAAGGGCCAAAUUACCGGGGUGUUAUAUGUCCGACAAUAUGCCCAAACCCCACCCACCUUCCACAUGGCAUCUUCCCUCCCUCGGCUUCCUUGCUGCGUGCUGAGAAAGGGACCUUUUCCGUUUGCUGUGUGCAGCAAGGAAACUCCACCAGUCAAGAACACUUCCUGCUUCCUGUGCAGCCGGUUUGCUUCAUUUUCUUUUGGGAGGCCUAGAAAAUGGAAGGCUCCACAUUUCUGUUGUAGACCAAAGGGUCUGAAUGAAUUGAGGUUGUUUGGACAUGAUGGUUGUGUGAAGAGCAAAGGUGGAGGCAGAGAGAGAUGGACAUCCAUUCUCAUCAGCUGUCUGCCUGCGGCCUGUUCACUCAGCCCUCCCCUGUUUUCUUUCUUGGCUAGCCUUACCUGUUGUGUAGGUUCAAAUGUCUUCCAACCCUUUCCUGGUUUUAGAUGCAGCAGCAGCAGCAACUGCAGCGGAUUGCUCAAAUGCAACAGUUGCAAGUUCAGGCUAUACAGGCCCAGCAACAGCAGCAGCAACAACAACAACAACAGCAGCAGCAGCAGCAGCAGCAGCAACAGCAGCAGCAGCAGCAACAACAGCCACCCCCAUCGCAGCAGGUCAUGCAGCAGCAGAUGCAACAGAUGCAGCAGCAACAGGCUGCACAAGCUCAGCCGCCGCAGCCAGUAGUGUCUCAGGCACAGACAAUCCCAGGGCAGAUCCCUGGUCAGGUCAUGCUCACAGCCCAGCAGAUUAAAGUCAUGCAGGUAAGUAUACAAGAACAAGAAUGGGUCAGGUGCAGAGGAGGCAGCUCACAUGGGCUCAGGGGAUCUUGGGGAGGGCUCUCUGCCAAAGAGAAGCAGACCAAACUGGGUGGAGGGAGCCUGUGGUGUCUGGCACCAGCUCCUUCCCCUCCAGCCCACCUUUGGCCAAGAGGGGUGCAGUUCAGUUGCAGGGCUUGCUUUGCAGCUGCUGCUUCCUUCCCCACCGCUGGCUUCUGUGCUGCUGCUUUUUAGCUUGUGUUCUUCAGUGCCAAGUUGUACAGCAGCAGCAGCAGUUGGAUGGGGCCUCUUCAGUCAGUGGUGCAGGAUGCAAAUUCCUACGAGAGCCUUGCGAAUCUAUUCUGUUCCCUCCUCUUUUUUCUUUUUAGAAAAAAGAAAAAGUUCCUAGCCCUCCUUAUAGGUGCAGAAAUGAUCCAAAAUAUUGCAAUGUCCCUCAUAAGUUUUCUCAGUUCUUGAAGUUAAAUCUUGCAAAAUUUAUUAAUUUAUGGAUAUUUAUAACAGGGCUUUAAGAGCUGGCUUAUGUUUCAGGCUAGGAGUGUUAUAGAGUGAAAUGCAGCUCAUUUGGCCCUCCAGCAUUUGUAAACUAUAUAUAUAUAUGCAUGCCAUGCAGAGGUCAUAAGCCUGGCACCUAAGCCACAGAGGUGUAGGAGGCAAGGGAGCAAGUGUGUGUCCAGGGGGGGUGUGUGUCCAAUUUUAAGAUAAACUUUUAAGUGUGAUUGAUUCAACCCAGAUCUGUGCAGAAUUCCCUUCUUUGUUUUGUUUCCCAAGGCAAGAGCUUUGCACCAACAGCAGCAGCAGCAACAACAACAACAACAACAGCAGCAACAGCAGCAGCAACAACAACAACAACAGCAGCAACAGCAACAACAACAACAACAGGCAGCCGCGGCUCAAGCUCAGGCUGCUCAGAUGGGUGCUUCAGGACCGGUAAGCCAGCCCCCCCCCCUUCCCCUGCCAGAGCCAGCCAGUAAUAAGUUGCCUGCAGAGUUGGAGCAUGAAGCAGUGGGAGCUGGGUGGUGGUGCCCCAGUUGGCUUUCUGAUGAAGACUCUUCCCCUACUGCCAUCCCUUUGUCUUGAGUUUGAAGCAAUAUUUCUUCACCCCUUUUGAGCAUGUCUGGACUGCCAAAGUCAGGGGGCUCCUGCCUGGGGUGAUGGGGUCUGAUGUCUGUGGGUCUAACUCUUGGUGCUUUAGUAGUCCUGGAGUCUCCUAUCUGUUCAGUUUCUCUCUCCCCCCCCCCCCCCGUUUUACCAAUCUUUCUGAAUGAGUAGCCUUGGUUUGGGGGCCCACUGAUGGAGUCCCGUUUUCUCUCUUUUCUGUCCUUAUCAACAUGAGCUUUAAGGAGCUGCCUUGUUUGGAUGAGAGCUGGCUCAGAGGAAGCUGCAUGUGCACAUGAGAGGCCAUGGAAACUUGUUCUCUGGCAUGCAGGAAGCCUGAAGUCUGAUUGCAUGCUGGGAGAGGGGCUCAGGACCAGGGUGGGCUUGGGGAUUCUCCCAUCUCCAGGGGCUUCUGUGGUUCCUGAAACACUUCGCUUUCCACCAGGUAAGUCACAGAGAUGGCUGUGCAAACAGAGAGGCACAAGUAGUGAAACGGGAACCGGUUCCCAUGUAAACCAAUUAGGCACCAGUGAGGUUUUAGGUUGGGGACACAUGGAGACGGGGGCCUGGCAUCCGUGCACCCCCAGCUCAGAAAUCCAAGGGCCAGCCAGGACGUUGCCAUCAGGCUUCAGACCAGGGCUCUUCCUAGGCUUGUGAAUGUCGGAUCUGCUUGUCGCUGCUCUGCUUGAUAGGACGGCAAAAACAGCUCACCACACUCCCUGUUGUGCAAGAUGGGUCUGUCCUGAUAGUCCUGGAGAGCCCCUUUGUUGCUGUGCAAGCAUCAACACUCCAUUGGGGUAGGAUCUGCAGGUGCUUCAAGUGGGCAGGUCAGAGAGGCCUAGAGGAAAGGGUUCCAAGGAGAUGCUUAGGAGGCAUCAGCUGUGAAACUCUUUGAAGCUUACCUAAAGCCACAGUGCUUUAAUGGACUGGAAGCAGAGGGGCCUCUUCAAAGGUUCGGUGGGGUAGAGUGCAAAGUCCUGAGAUGCACUUCCAUGUCCACAAUAGACCUCUUUGUGGCUGCCCUGUCUCAAGGUCCAUGUGCUUCCACCCAUUUGUCAUAACUUAGACAAGGCUCCCCCUGAUUCCCUCUUUGGCUCACCUCAUCUUUCGCUAGUUGGGAAUUGAUGGGCUAGAGGAUGGGAGCAAGCCAAGCUUGUGUGAAAACUACUGGGCUUGCACAAAGCAGCUUUCCAAACACAACAAACCAACAUUUCCCAACUGAUGUGGCCUCUGGCCAGUUAAUACUGUGGCAUUGGCAGUCGCAAAGACUACGAGGAAGUCCUUGAUUGUAUGCUGAGGAUAUGGUCAGCAAAUGUCUUUGGGAAUGGUUAUCUAUGGUGGGGGUUGGGGUGCUCUUUCUGGCUGGCAAGCACCAUUCUGACAAAUGGUGGCUGCUACCAGUUGCUCCAGGGUGAAAAGGCCUAGGGGUCCAGCCUCAAUGACAUCAUCCAAGGCAGGUGUGGGGAACUAUUGACCCGGCUAGCAAGCAUGGUCGUUGGCCAGAGAUUAUGGGAAUUGUAGUUCAGCAACAUCUCAAGGGCCAGAGAUACCCCACACCUGAUUUAGGGGUGCAUAAUUGGUUAUUGUGGCUGUUGGCCAUGCCCAAACUAGGGUUGGCUUCUCCAGCCUGCCAAGGAGAUGUCAUGCACAUGAAGACACCUUGAGAGAGGCUGAUGGCAAUCUGGACCUUGUGGAGGUUGGAUCAGUCAGACUCGUCUCUAAUACAACAAGCGACUUGCUUUAACCAAGGAAAUGCCUUGCUCUGGACCUUUUCUCUGUCCUUUAUGGGUGUCUUUCUGUAGUUUUCAAAUCAAAUCUCUUCCUGACUUUUCUGGUAGUCUCUCCAGCGUCUUGCUUGUUGAUGCCUGGCAAGGGGGCAGUUCUUACUUCUUGGAGUGGAGCUUCAUCUCCCAUUGAGAUUGGGAGGCAACUGCUGCCUGCCUGCCCUUUCUCCUAGAAAUGCAGUUAGGAUUUAUUUACCAUACUACUUCCCUGAACCCUUCCCUUAUCAUCAUUCAGAGAGCCCUCCUGGUGGUGCUGUGUGGGAGGAAGCCUUGAACGAAGGGCAGCCAAUCGCAUGAGGCGGCUCUUCUACGCAGACUUUCUCCUCUGGAUUGUGGGCUGCUGGAGGCAGCCCUCCAGUUCAGGCCCUUUCAGUGUGUUGUGGGGAUGUGAGCCAUCGAUCCUCAGGACGGUCAUUCACAUCCAGUGGCUUCCGGAGCUGAAUUCCACUCCACUCUUGUGCUUUUUUGCUGGAGCAAGAUGCUGUCUGGAUCCGCAUCUUGGUCAUAGCUUCAUAUCUCAAAAUCCGCUAGGAGUGAGAGGUUAGACGUUGAUACAUUUUCUAGAUUUAUUUUUUUUUGCUGGGGGAGGGGGAAGGGGGGACUGAAUCUGUAGGAGGAGGGAUAUACGCAAAUUAGCUGUCCAGGAAAUUGAACCUGUGUACAAUUUAAACUUCUUCCAUAAGUUUAAGAAGUCCUCAAGACGUGGGGGAGAAAAUCCUCCCUGCGAGUUCUUCCUGGGAAUUCAGGAGCUCUGCGCUGGUGACGCCUGUGUACUCUCAUUUGAAAUCCAAGAGGCACAUCCUAGAGCGGUAAAACCCAAACAAGUUAGUAGAGUGCAAGACUCCUAAUAUUAGGGUUGUGGGUACAACCUCCAUGAUGGGCAAAAGACUCCUGCAUUGCAGGAGGUUGGACUAGUUGACCCUCGUGGGACCCUUCCAACUCGACAUUUCUAACACCUUUACGGUGCCAGAGUAGCUCUUUCUCAGCCUCCCCCCAUCUCCACAAACCGCUUUUGCCUUGGGGGUGUAUGUGUGCUGCAGUCUGGAGUUCUUGGCAAGUUCAGCUUACUGAAGUCAUGGUGCUGCCUUCGCAGUCGGUUCGACUCUCCUGCUGGGUCUUAGGAGGAGCCUUUGGAGGCCGUGGCUCCAACAGUCUUCCCUUUGGUGGUGUGGCAGGAGGCCCCGGCCCACGGUGGUCCCUCGGUUGAGCCUGCUGGCGCCUGUGUGGCUCUGAAUGUGGAGGAAUGCCUGGAGGAGGAGCACGUUUUGUCAGCUGCCCACCCCCGGUCUUGCUGCUGCUGCUGCUGCCGCCGCCACCCAUGCCCACCAUGGCUCACCCUCCAUUCUCUGUGGCGCAUCCGCCUCUGUUGGGAAGCUGCUUCUGCUGUUGUGUGGUGCUUGGCCUUGGCCUCCCCUGCUGUGGCGGCUUUUGCAUGCUGUGUGUGUUGGACAUGCGCAUGUGGUUUGUCUGGCCUCCCCUCAUUCCUUUCUCUUCCGAAAAGCCUCUUUGACCAUCCGUCACUGCCCUAGGCUGGGGGAGGGGAAGGGGGCUUGAUUGCUCUGCCAUGAACUAACAGCUGUGCAAAGUUUUGCUGUUCUUGAGUUGUGAUUUCCUUUCUCCGUGUUUCAUGUGUGUGUCUGUUUGUGUUCCUAACUUUUUUGUUAGCAACUUUGAGCUCUAUGACUUUUUUUCAAGACACGUUGUUGCUGUGGCUGCUGCAGGUCCAUUUACAUGAAGCACUAAAUGCAGUUGCCUGUCAUCAUUCUUCCCCCAUUCCCCAAGGUCUGGGCUAGUCUUAAGGACUCCCCUGAGGGUCAGGAAUUGGGCAGGAGAUGGGACCAAAGCCUCUUCCACUGGCUUGGAUGGCUUCGGCUGAGCCAUAUAGUUUGCAGAUGCUAAAACUCUGGUCAAACCUGCCCAUGUCACACCUGGACCUUAAAUCAGAGCUCAAUACAGACUGGUGCUGUGUGUCCAGGUGGGUCAGUGGAGAUGUCAAUUUCCUCUUCUAGGUUUGGCAUCCCAUUAGAGGGCCUUGAUACAGCUGAUGUGCAGCUGAACACCCCCCCCCCCUUAAUUGUUUCCCUUUAAUUGGACUCUAGCUCCCCACAUCCACCCACUCACCCCAGAGUUCUCUGACAGAGCCAGUCAGGAGUGCAAGUGUUGUGUCUCCCAAGCCAGCGACUACUGCAGGGUUGCCUUCCUAAGACUAGUUCGCUUGACUUCCACCUCCUCCUCGGAGGCUGCAUGUGCUUCUCAUCCUGCCGGCGUGCUGCGUUUCUUGUGUUGCGAUUACUUUUGUCUGUCCCUCUGUCCUCCCAAGAUGAUCACCGCAACUAUGGCCCGAGGUGGGAUGCAAAUAAGACCACGGUUCCCGCCUACCACCGCUGUCUCUGCCACGCCUCCAAGCACCAUUCCUUUGGGUGGACAGCAAAUGCCUCAGGUAUUUACUGGAGCUGAUGUGUGUUGUGCCAGGGGGCUGGUGGGGUGGGUGUUGCACAAGGGGCCACCUCCCUUGUCAUGAGUUCUGUUCAACUACUGGUGUGCACACUUAGCAGUGAACAUGGGCACCCCAAUGAAGGCAGCCGAUUGAAUGGUGGGGGAAGCUAAGCAGGACUGCAGAUUAGCUUCUGGGAGCAGGGAAGUCCAGGAGAGGCGUUGCCCCAAGUCUCCCUCGCCUCCACAAUGCUUGGCAUAGUUCAUAGGAACAGAUCGCAGGAAUGCUGAUUUAGCUGCUAAGACAUGUGUUGAACCUGUGCCUGUACUCCGAGGGAGGAGGAAGCUUGCAAAGACCCUUGAGGGGUAGAUGUGCUCUCCCUGUUACAUACUGUAGCUGCUGCUGCUCGUUUUCUUCCCUUUGCCUCCUAAGAGGCUGGUAGAGGGUUCUGGCCAUUUGUGCGGCCUAGUCAAAUGCAACUGAACAGAGAUUCGUGCCUCCUGCUCCCCUGAAGGAAGCCUUGUGGGUCUUUCAGGGAUCUCACCCCACCCAUCCUGCCAAGAUCUGAUUCAAGUGGAUUAUCUGGCCGUCUUUGUUUAAUCACCAGGGAGAGAGAAGUCAAACCACCUUCAGAUCGCUGGUGCUUAGGCUGCUGGAACUCCUGUUUAUCACUUCUGUAGUCCUUCUGCUAUACAGUGGCAAUUUGUCAUCUUCACAAAAGCCAUAUGCAUAUGGAAUAAUGACUGACCGCCCAAGAUCCACACAAAGUGACUUUGUGGAUUUACACCCAAGGCGGUUUCUGCACCCACAUUUGUCUUGCUAAUGACUACAGCAUGUCAGGACUCCAGGAGGUGUUCUGUGCAGUCUUUAUCAGGUCUGGUUCCACACCUGUGAAAUACCGUGGUACCUCGGGUUAAGUACUUAAUUCGUUCCGGAGGUCCGUUCUUAACCUGAAGCACCACUUUAGCUAAUGGGGCCUGCUGCUGCUGCCACAAUUUCUGUUCUCAUCCUGAAGCAAAGUUCUUAACCCAAGAUACUAUUUCUGGGUUAGCAGAGUCUGUAACCUGAAGUGUAUGUAACCUGAGGUACCUCUGUACCCCAAAGCACUCUUGCUGAGGAACUCCACCAACGGAUACCCACCUACUCGGUUGGCCCAUUGAUCUUGAGAUGACCUCUCCACCCAGCCUUGUGUGCUGUUCUUUUCAGUAUGUUGCACCAUUAGGUUCCCCCCAGAAGAGGAAUUGCUGGGGUGCAUCAUGGGGUUCAAGCAGCAUUAACUCUCAAAGAGUAGAACUGCUGGCAGCCCCACUGCUCUACUUUGUUGUGAGGCAGUUACAUCCCGGGGUUUGUGUUGACUCACACAGCAGCAAGGCUCUUGUGAGCUUGGCUCGUUCCACUGAGCUGCUUCUCUCACUGACUCCCACAUUCUGUGGUCUGUUCGGCAUGCCUAGUUUUCAAGUUCUUUCCAAUCCUUAUCUCGCUGGCCAGGAAACAAUAAUGUCUUGAGAGACAGUUCUUCCUGUUCUUCCCAAGGCUGAAAGUGGGUGCUUUGGCCAAGGUCAACUGGCAGAUUGCACAGCUUAGCUGACAGCAGGAAUGUAGGUUUCCUCUGCCAUAAUGAAUCUGGGCCUGGUGGAAUACAGUCACAGCUGCAGCCACUCAAGUCCUGAGAAGGAGAACCAAUAUCCUCUCUGUAGACCAGCUUUGGUUGGUAGAAGGUUUGUAAAGCUGCUUCAAACAACCUCCACCUGAGAAAGAAGCCCAGAUGUUGACCUCUAAUCUGAGUCACCCAGCACUGCAAUUAAAGGAAGCAGAUUGACAUGAACAACCCCUGUGAAUAACCUUAAAUGUUGUCAACAGCAAUUAGUUCUGGGUGCAUAGAAAUAUCCACAGUCAUUUAACAUAUCCUUCAGUACCUGCUUACUGCUUCACAAGCACUUCUGUUCCCAGUCUGCUUUCCAUCAGCUGGAAAUGAUCUAGUAAUUUGCUGGCUGUUCCCUUAUCUGUGUUGUAGCACUACCAAAGCCGGUAUCGGUAUCCCCUAAAUUAUAGGCUUCUCAAAAUCUCUGAUCUAGCCCCUAUAGGUUUGACAGAUGAGCCGUGUGGCACCCAUGUCCAGCCUCCCCUCCACAUGGCAGGCUUGGCACUGAAACUGUUGUGGCUUCUCAGUGGAUGAGCAACCCAUUUGCACACUGGCAGGCCCUUACCUGCGAUUCACACUGAGUUUAAAUAAGAGUUUGCUUUCUAGGUAAGGUGUUCUGGCUUUGCAGCACUUGCCAGUCACAAAACACUUUCCCCUCUCAAUUAUGCCUUGUAGAAAUUCAGCAUCAGGCUGUCAGAUAAACACAGCUGAAGGACUCUCUCUUGCAGUUGAAUGGGACCAAGGUUUUCUGAAAACAAUUUGCAUUGAGAGCAGUUCAAAUAAGGUAGAAUCCUAAAAAGAAGAAAGCUUUGGGUCCAAGGCUUUCACUUAACGUUCUGUGGGCAAUCAACCCUGCUGCGCAGCUAGAGUAAGCAAAAGAACAGGUGUUGCUUAUCUAUGGGCCUUUUGCUUUGAUCAGUAUCUGUCCAUUUUUUUAAUAAAAAAAAGCUGCUCCUUUAGAGGGAGCCAGCUGUGAAGAUUAGAGGUUGAGAACACGGAAUCUCGGCCUUCACUCUUUGCUUCAGAUUCCUAGAACAAUUAAUUAUGCUGCAAACUGCACACACAUUUAGCUGGAAUUUGAAGGGGGUGGGGGAGCAGGCCCUCUUAGAGAUCCAGAGAGGCCCCUAGCCAUAAUAAAGAUUAAAAAUGACGGCAGAGGAAAGCAAAAUAAGGCUCUGAAGAGUGAGCUGUUUGUUCAUACAACAUGAGCAGCAGACCGGGGAGGACAUGCUCAUCACCGUCUAAUCCUGUGUCAUCAGAAACGGUAUAUUUUUAGCAAUAUUUAUGAAUUUUUUAACUCUUUAAAAUGACAAAGUCUGUAUUUGUUAAUUUAAAAAGUGGUAUCAUUUGCUUAAUUUGCAGCUCUAAGCCGAGAGGGUGGGUGUCAUAUUUUGGUCUGAUGUGCAUUUUUUAAAAGCUGCAAAACUUAAUAAGUGCCUAAAUACGAGGCCUCCAUUGGCUCUGAGGGAGGGGGCAGGGACUAGGGUACGAUGGGUUUGUUCAGCUAUAUUUCAUGCAGCUGGCUGUAGCUUCUAAAGAGUUCCUCCAAAGAGGAACGGGAAGUUUUGUCUGUCUGAUCUUCUAAUGCUCAGUGGAAAUGGAGCAAAAGAGGGAAGCAGUCUGCCAACUUGGGCAGCUUGUGGACUGUGGCACGCACCUCCUCUGCUUCCCAAAACACACACGUGUUUUGUAUAAUGAGCUGCUGCUGCUCCAUGCAGUUCUAUGUUUUACUCUGACUCUGUUCUCUGUGGGGCUGGAGCAUACUUCUGCCAAGCUAGCCUGUGUCUGUCAUGCAUGCAGCACACAUACACACUUUGGACCAUCUGAAUAUGUUGUGGAUUAUUACUAGGAAAUCAUUGACAAAGCUUAAAGGAACGGGGUUUUGGUGCACUGGGCCACAAUGAAGGUAAGUCUCCCAUGGUACUAGUUGAGGCUGGCAUUUUUCAGACAGAUGUUUGGUCUGGUAAAUGUAGAUGGAACUGAGGACUCUCUGAGUUGGCUCUCUGUCCUUAGCAAGCCAGGGAAGAAUUCUGCAUGUGGUGAAAUCACAGGAGUCUUGCAGUAAAAUGCUGCUGUGUUGGGUCUGUUUUUUCACACUUAGUUUGAAGAGUUUUUGAGCUUCCUGCCAUGUUCAUUACAAUCUUCAUUUUACAGCCCAGGAAAGAGUAGCAAGCCCAAGGCUCCUCAGCAGGUCAUAUACGUUGCCUUUCAAUGGGAUCCCUGGCUGCUGCUCUUGUCCUGGUGCCCUUGGCUUUUUGGAAAGGCUCCUCUUGCCAGUGACGGUUCCUUUGUUCUAGGUCAGCCAGAGCAGCAUCACCAUGAUGUCUUCUCCUUCACCAGCCCAGCAAGCCCAGACCCCUCAGCCGAUGCCUCCACCACCUCAGCCCUCUCCCCAGCCAGGGCAGCCAACUUCCCAGCCCAACUCUAAUGUCAGGUGAGCCUUGAUGUAGGAGUAAGUGGGCUUCAGGUGGUUUCAGGUUUUCUUUUUAGGGUCAAUAAUAGCUGCUUCAUCCCCAGACCUCAAUGGGAAAUAUCUUCCUCCUCUUUCAGCUCUGGUCCAGCCCCAUCUCCCAGCAGCUUCCUCCCCAGUCCAUCUCCUCAGCCCUCUCAAAGUCCAGCAGCUGCACGAACGCCACAGAACUUCAGUGUCCCAUCUCCGGGGCCACUAAAUACUCCAGGUAAUUUGUGCAGGGCUUGAGGGAGCAAAACCAGGUUGCCCUUUUUUUUAUUUCCAAGUCUGUGCCUGUAAUGCAUUUUUUGCAUAAAUAGGGUUAAUUGUGGGGACCCAGUACUGGCAUUUGAGAGGAUUUUUUCCCUCAUUUUAACUAUCAGUGAUGUGGUGGGUGAACGUAAUUUGCAUACAGACUGUGACCCUCUGCUUCCCUGGCAGAAGUUGUAUUGCAGGCAGCCCAACAACAGGACAAAGGCAGCAUGUCCCAUAGCCAAACUCUGAAUCCUCAGAACAGCUUGGUGAUGGUGGCAGAGGGGAAGCAGCCUGGGGGUGCAUGCAGGAAAGCAGAUGGAAGGCAGGCUGCGCUGGGUGCAGCCACCUCCCCCUCCUCCUGUUCAGUGCCUUUACUCCAUGGGUCUAACCUGUCCUCUUUUCUGCCUGGAAGGCAAUCCCAACUCUGUCAUGAGCCCAGCGAGCUCCAGCCAAUCUGAGGAGCAGCAGUACCUGGAAAAACUCAAGCAGCUCUCCAAGUACAUUGAGCCUCUGCGGAGGAUGAUCAACAAGAUAGAUAAGAAUGAAGGUAAGUGUGUGUCGUCUCCCCCCGCCCCCUGGUGGUAUGCUUGGGGUUGUUGGUGCCCAGCCUUGAUAGCCUUUUCCCUUGCAGCAGCAGGUGGUACAUAGCAAGAGGCUUUCUCCUAGGUCUGGGCUUGGUAGUCCAGAUCAGCCAUGUUACUUCCUACUUGCUGCCGGGUUACUUGUAAAUAUAGCCUUGUCAUGUGCAGAGUGAUGAAUAAACCGUGUUAUAUCUCUGCAGGAAGUAGAGGGAAACUGGGUAGCAAUGAAUUCUUUGGCUCUGCCCAGAGUUACAUUCUGUGGCUGAACCGUGUUUGGGCAUGGCACACCACGGGCCAUAUGGAAGGCUGCCUGAGGCAUGUUGCACUUUUGCAUCCUUCCGAAAAGCAGAAGGGAUGGAACACUAUCAGUUUGUGCCACCUGCUGCUGUCCUCACAAGGAUGUGACAGGCCAUGUUGCACCCUAUGACCUCUUUCUGAGUGGUUGUCUUUGGCAGGGAAGCUUGAACCUGAAGAGGUACAGACCUCCUUCGCCUGUCAGAAGAGAUCUGCUUUCUCUCUGUCGUGCAAGAUAGUUCUAGCAUAACUGCCUCUUUCAGGAGUGUUUCUUAUCAAUUCAGACAGGAAGAAGGACCUCAGUAAGAUGAAAAGCCUGCUGGAUAUUCUGACUGAUCCUUCCAAACGGUAAACUUGUGUGCUCAUUUUCGACCCAUCAUCUCUUCUUGCUCUCCUCCCUUUGAACAUCUAGAGGAGUUGUCUUUGUAAACGCCAGGAGAUAAUUAGAGCUAGUUGUGUUCACAGGCAAAAUUCUGCUUUGUGUUAGUUGAGGAAAAAGAAGCUCAAUGCUCUAGCCUGCCUUGUUCUUGGUUUGUGCUUGCCAAGUGCAGCAGGCAGGAAGUGUCUUCUCUGUAGGAAGAGAGGCACAAGCAGCAGCCCCACACAGCAGCGGGGCCAGGUUCCAGUAGGCGGCUUCAUUCUUCCUAGUGACUGUGUGUAGCAGCAGUAGUGGGGAGGGAGAGUGCUGUUUGUUGGUGGCUUGCCAUGUCCAUCUGGGGAACGAGGAGGCAAUUCUACUUUCUCUGAAGCAGAAAAGUGCCUGUUCUGAGAAUGGCUUUCUUCAUUCCUAGCUGUCCUCUGAAGACACUGCAGAAAUGUGAAAUUGCUCUGGAGAAGCUCAAGAAUGACAUGGCUGUGGUAAGUUCUCUGUGUGUAUUUAUCUCUGUUCCCCUAGCCCACAUUAGCAGGGGGCUUUCUCAAUGAUUCUGGACGUCAAGAACAAAAGAAGGAAAAUGUAGGCAAAGAAGUUGGCCACAGUACAGCAUAAAGGUCUGGUCACCACACCUCAAAAAGGAUAUUGUAGGUUUAAAAAGGGAUAACUAAAAGGGGACAGAUCGAAUUCCUUAUGUGGAAAGAUUACAAUAUUUGGAACUUUUUAAGUUUUGAAAAAAGGCAAUUAAGAGGAGACAUAAGUAUAAGAUUAUGCAUGGUUUUAAGAGAGGAUUAGACAAAUGCCUGGAGGAUGAAGCUAUCAACAGCUAUUCGUCAUGCCCUUGAAUAGCAGUUGCAAGGAAUCACAGAUAGGGAGGGUGCAACUGUUGCACUCUGGUCCUGCCUUCUGGGCUUCUUCCGAGAGACAUCCGAUAGCCACUAUGAGAACAGGAUGUCAGACUAGAUGAGCCUUGGCGCUGACAGAGCUACAACGCUAUUCUUUUACUAGAACAAUUGACUCGCAACUUACACAAGAGUUAAGUUCCAGAGGUAGCACGUAAAGCCAAAAUCACAUAUAGUCAAUCCUUUAAAAACUGGAAAAAUGUCCUGUAAAAACCACUGAAGACUUCCAUGCACCUCCAAAUGCUCCCAAGGCCGCUUUCACUCUUAACUGCACAUCCAAAUGCUCUCCCAAGGUGAGGUGAGUGCGAUGGUGGGCCCAAUUGCCAGUGUCCCCGCCUUCUUCUAAUCCCCCCCCUUGAUGACUGCCUCUUUUAAAAAAUCAGCCAGGCACAUAAAGCUGAGCUCACACAAGUUACAUGCACGUAAGUUGCGAGUCGACCAUACAAGCAAACUCCAGUGUGUCCAAAGCUGAGUAAAGAGCAAUUGCCUGAUGGGAUCUGAGUAGAUGGUGCAUAAGGAAAGACAGGCAUCUUGACAGUUGGCCAGCCCCAAGGCCAGGCAGAGUGGGUGAGUUGGAGCUGCUCGUGGGAGGUGAACCUGGUAGGAGGGUGGAUGCCUCAUGAAGUUCUUUGUCUCUGCAUGGAGUUGUCUGAGAUUCAAUGGACAGGUUUGUAAGCUGGCAUCUGAGCAGAGGGCCUGAAAUCUCAAGUUAUUCUUAAAGCUGUUGUUUCCUGAGAGUCCAGCAACACCUACUGACAGAGCUGCACCUUCCCUAAAUCCAUGUGUGUCUCUUGUAUGUCAGCCCACCCCCCCACCCCCUACAGUGCCUCCCACAAAGCAGCAGUACUUGUGCCAACCCUUGUUGGAUGCUGUCUUGGCCAAUAUCCGCUCACCAGUCUUCAAUCAUUCCCUCUACCGAACCUUUAUGCCAGCAAUGACUGCCAUCCAUGGUCCACCCAUCACGUAUGUAUAUUCAUGGUUCUAGUAUCUGCUGAAAGAUGGCUAAGGAAUUGUGAGAGAUAGGAAAGCUCAGAGCCCAGGCCUGGAAGGAAUAAGAUGCCCAAAGACUACUUGUGUGUGCUGCAAGAGAUUAACACAGCUACCCUUCUGGAAUUUGUCAGAUAUUUGUGCAUAUAUAUUGUUCCGGCUAUUUCUGAAGUUAUUUUAUCUUGCUUUGAUAUUUUAGUUAGACCAGUUGUUGGGGGCUGCCUUAUCAUUUUGUAUGCAAAAUUAAUUAGAAAUGAGAAUUGAAACUGAAGUUGGCUGUCCUAUCAUAGGACCCCAGUGACUUCCACUCGGAAGCGGAAAUAUGAAGAGGACGAAAGGCAGACUAUACCAAAUGUAUUACAAGGGGAGGUUGCAAGAUUAAACCCAAAGUUCUUGGUGAACCUGGAUCCCUCCCAUUGUAGCAACAAUGGCACCGUCCACCUCAUAUGCAAGCUAGGUGAGUGGCAAGAAAAGACAGCUCUGUCUUCAAAUAUCCUCUUGACACUUGAAGUCUAAAAGCCUGCAGUGGUGGUGGUGGCAGCAGCAGCAGCAGCAGCAGCAGGGGAGGUUGACUGGGCCUGGUUAAGGUCCAGAACUUGCCCAAGAGAGAAAAGGUAACAGAGGAUCCUAACCAGACCUUGAUGGGUCAGGUGCCUGUUGCCAGGGACAGAGAGGUUGUAUCUGAGUUCCUACUUAAUAAAGAGGCUGCCUGAUAAGCAACUUUAGGUGUCUCUUGGAGAAGGUUGAGGAAGUAAUGCAAAAUGUGUCUGAUUCCAGAUGACAAGAACCUUCCAAAUGUCCCACCAUUGCAACUGAGCGUCCCAGCCGAUUAUCCACAUCAGAGCCCCUUGUGGAUUGAUAACCCUCAGCAGUAUGGUAUGAAAGAACAAGGCAGGCAGAAAAUGACAUUUGGGUGGGUGAUGGGGUAUAGGGUCUACAUUAAGCCUUGGAACUGGUGAGUUUAGCCUUUGUGAUCCAUUUGACCACUUCAUAUUAAGACUCCCAUCCUGUCUUUUGAGUGUGGAUUUAUUUGUGCUGUAGGAAGAGAUGUGGUAAAGUUUGAUCUGUGAUUUCGGAAUACUGGGUUUUUUUGAGGGACACUGCUAGAGGCCAGGUGGGAAGAAGAGAACCAACUACAUUUUUUUACUUAUAAACACACACUCUCUUACUAAGUUUUUACAGGAAAACUGUCCUCUCAGUUUUAAGCUUUGGAAGCUCAGAAUUCCAGUAUCCUAAGGAAAUCCUUUGAUUGAAUUUUGGAAGCUUCAGAUAUGUAACAAGACACUGCUACUGCUUCCAAUGGUGAGGUGAAGGGGAAAAAAGCCAAUGACUCAUUUUUCUCAGUUCUGCAGCUCCAAAUCCCCAGCUUUGAUAACCCAUCAGUAUGAGUCACAAAACCGCCCACACACAAGCUGCCAUCUGGAUGGUGUCCUUUAUUAUUAUUAUUUUUUAAAUAACAGACUCUUUCUGCUUUUUUCUUUCCAGAAGCAAACCCUUUCUUGCAGUCAGUGUAUCGCUACAUGAUGUCAAAAUUGCUGCAGCUUCCUGACAAGCACUCUGUCACAGCACUCCUUAACACCUGGGCGCAGAGCAUCCGCCAGGCCUGCUUGUCUGCUGCUUAAUGUCUCGUCAUCUCCUCUUGCUGGGCCUGAGCUGGAAAAAAUCACAGCCAAGCAGGGCAGGAACGUGUGAAGCAGAAGCCUUAAAUUGUUUUUGUUUACUAGGAGCCCGGCUUUGUAAAGAGCCUGGGAUUAGGUUUAGUGCUUGUGCUUCUUCUGCCUUUGUAAACCUGCCCAUAACUUGAUGCAGGGGGUGGAUUUUCACGGUUCUUACGGCAGACGUGUUAAUGACUUUUUUUUAAUGUCUUCUUAGAGAAGAGUGUGUGUAGACUUCUGUCACGGAGUCUCCCUACUAUAAGAAAAGGGACAGCGUCCUUCAGACCUCGUCCAGUGCCCAGUAUGUAUGUAUAUAUGUAUGCUUGGUUGGAUACCAGCCCAAGAAGAGGCUGCCUGCACACCCACCACACAAGCUGUUCUUUGAUAGCUGUGUGCAGUGACUGGCUGAAGCAGGUGAGCGGUUUGUGUCUUCCCAACUAUGAGGCAGCCAGCUAUUAGACUGAUGUGGCUCUGGCAAGCCAUGCGUCAAAUGUCAUUCAUCAACUUGUGCCUCACGGGAGGAGCCUGCCUGGGCACAGGGUGAGACUGGGGCUGCUUCACUCAGCCCUGGUUUUGCUUUCUCCUACCUCCCAUGCACAACUCUCUUGAUCUUUGUGGAAGUAUUGCUGUUUUUACAUACUUCUGCUAUCACCUUUGCAGCAGAGUCGCUGAAUACUGGCUUGCACUCUUCCAACACGGCAUCCAAUUGCUGUGCUAUCUGUAAAUGUGUGAUUGCUGUGUCAAUUUGAGGACAUUUUUAAAAAUGUACUUAAGAAGCUCUGAUUGAUUGCAGUACAAAGUAUCAAUUAUUUCAUACAUGAACUAAGGCAUUUGUUUUAUUGUAAUAAAUGUAUUGUUCCAGUGUUUUAACACUCACUUAUUUUCUCUUGCAACCCCCCAAACUCCUUUGGCUCCACCGCAGCCUGAGCACGAGGGCACAGAAACUUGUUUGCUAAAAGGCAAGGUCACUUUGAUACCCCCUUGACCUGGGGUUGUCUAAGGAGGCUUCUGUGUAUUUUGCAUCUAAAAGCCCCCAAUUCUGUAGUUAAAAAAAGUAAACUUAAUUACUACUGAAGGUAGAACAGUUUCUAGGGAGAAGUAAGGUCACUGUGAUCUUCUGUAGCUAUGUGGACAAAAAAGGAUUAAUUAUGAAGUUUUAAAAAUUGAGUGGUGAACACCAGAAACAAUUUGUUGAAAGUACAGCACACACUCGGAAAUGGUUUAGCUGGCUUUCAAACCACUUUAGGGCAAGGAAACACAUUACAAAAAGAGGCCAAUUGAACCAUACUUGCUAAAGUGCUGUCCGGUGGAGCCUGUUCCUCUGAACAGCCUGUGUUCUCUUCUGUCUCUCUGCAAAAGCAUUUCCUAGUGUUUGCUUCAGUGCUGGCAGCACAGCCCUUUCAGCAGCAGGCAGUGGUGUGAGAAUCCUACUGGAGAACAAAGUGGGCCUGUCAUAUUGAAGUCUGCAUUUAAAUAAGCUGCUCUCUCAUCCUACUAACAGGGUGUUUGAGGAAGGCAGUGUCCAAGUUUAGUGUCUACCUCCACAUCCAAAGAAUUUUUUUUUCUGGAGUCUUGGCUUCUAGCCAAGAGCUUGCUCUGAUAAUUCACGUUCAAAGCCAAAAACUGUCUGAUGUUGAUGUUUCGUAUGCACUAAACUAGUCCUCUGGAGCAAAUGGGAACAUUUCUCCACCUGCCCAAGUGACAAGUGUUAGCAGGAGUUACAGUAGAAUUUGCUUGCACUUCAACACCCCUUUCACCUUAAGAGCAGAGAGGUGAGCCGAGGGCAGCACUGACCCAGAGUCAACGCCCUCUGGGAGGCUGAGGCAAGAACUGCACUUCUUCCAAAAAGGCUUUUCCCAUCAACUGAUUCAACACCUUUAUAUCAUUUUUAUCAUUCAAGAUUAAAGUC